AUGGCAUCAAACUUUCCCAACAUGGGCUCUUACGGUCAAGCAGACGUCGACAGCCAGCGCCAGAACAACGACCCGCUGAACCUCACCGAGUACGUCAUGCCCGUCGAGGGCCGCAACAACCCGCGCCUCGACGCCCUGCUGCAAGCCGCCCAAUCGCCCUCGAACAUGUCCAACUCCGGCUCGUCCAUGGUCUCGGGCUUGGCCGACUACAACAACACGGGUGCGCAUGGCUCCUUCAACCCCAGCCACCCACAAGGAAAUCAAAUCAUGGCUUCGAUGCCCGAAGGCGCCUCCGACUCCCAGGGCCCGCCGCCCCCACGCCACAAAUUGAGCAUCAGCAGCAUGGGCGGCCUGCCCACCAAUGGCGGCAUGGCGAGCGGCGCAAGUCUGGAUGGCAUGGACACCGACACUAGCCCCCAGAGCGCCUUCGGCCUGGCCUCGGCAGGCUUUGGCGACGACUUUGGCCGCGAUGACGGUUCGACCACUGCUGAGGGCCCCAAUAAGGAGAACCGCGGAGACGAUACACCCAGGGGCAAGAAGAAAGAGGGCGAUCCGGACCACCAGCCGUCCUGGGCCGAGAUGAAGACCAAGGCUGGGAAGGAGCGGAAAAGAUUGCCGCUGGCUUGCAUCGCUUGUCGGCGAAAGAAGAUCCGCUGCUCCGGAGAGAAGCCCGCGUGCAAGCACUGCUUGCGCUCACGUAUUCCGUGCGUGUACAAGGUCACCACUCGCAAAGCAGCCCCUAGGACCGACUACAUGGCCAUGCUAGACAAGCGGCUGAAAAGAAUGGAGGAGCGCGUCAUCAAGCUCAUUCCGAAGGAGAGCUUGAGCACCCUGAAUGCGGUCCCAAGAGCAGUGGUCAAGCCCCCGCUCCCCGGCGCCACUCCCAAGAGCGCAUCUGUCAAGAAGCGCCCAGCAGACGAGGCAUUCGGAGCAGAGUUGGAUGAAUGGUCCAAGUCCAAAGCACCGAACCCAGGCGAGAGUCGGGGUUCACAACCGCCCAAAGCUGCGGAUGCCGAAAGCAGCCUGCUAACCGAGGGCCUCGAUAGCCUUCCGCCAAAGGAGAUCCAAGAGCAUCUAUCCGAAGUUUACUUUGACUAUUGCUAUGGCCAGAGCUACCCCUUACUCCACAAGCCAAGCUUCAUGCGCCGGCUAGCAGCAGGCCAGGUGCCGCCUGUGUUGAUUCUCGCCGUCUGCGCUAUUUCCGCGCGCUUCUCGACACACCCUCAAAUUCGAACGGAGCCCGCCUUCUUGAGAGGUGAACACUGGGCCAGCAAAGCCCGAGACAUCGCGCUUAAGAGAUACGAUACACCGAAUAUUACGAUACUUAUCACAUAUCUGCUGCUGGGCUUGCAUGAGUUUGGAACUUGUCAGGGCGGACGGAGUUGGAUGUUUGGAGGCAUGGCACAGAGAAUGGCAUACGCUCUGCAACUGCACAAAGACCUGGACCAUGAUCCGCUCGGGAAAGAAAAUGGUGACAGGGCAGAGCUCAGCUUCACUGACAGGGAAAUAAGACGGCGGACCAUGUGGUCUUGCUUCCUCAUGGACCGUUUCAACUCGUCGGGCACGGAUCGUCCACUCUUCGUCAGCGGCCAGUUCAUCAAGGUUCAGUUACCAAUACGAGAACACUACUUCCAGAUGGAAAUACCCGGACCGACGGAAGACCUCGAAGGCAACGUUAGGGAUCCGGUAGCAGACGAUGCUGGACAGCUGGCAGAUGCAAAAGAGAACAUGGGUGUCGUGGCAUACCUUGUUCGUGCUGUUGCUAUCUGGGGCCGCCUCAUCAUGUUCAACAAUUUGGGCGGGAAGGAGCAAGAGCGUGUACCUAUCUGGUCGCCACAGUCCACCUUCCAAGAAUUGAAAAAGGAAGCAUACGAUUUUAAGGCGUCCCUGCCCGAGAGACUAGCCUACACGCAAGAAAACCUGCAGAAUCACGUCACGGAAAAGACGGCGAAUCAAAUCAUCUUUCUCCACAUCGUCUACCAUCAAAUAAUCCUCUUCCUCAACCGCUUCGCCCUGCCAUCGCAUGCUGGCAGCCGGCCUCCUCAAGACAUGCCACACCAAUUCCUUACCGAAGCUGCCCACGCAGCCCUUGACGCCGCCAACCAGAUCUCUCUCCUUGUUAAUGAGGCCAUGAAUUAUAAUGUUGUUGUCCCCUUUGCCGGUUACUGUGCUUUCUUGUCGAGUACGGUCCACAUCCGCGGCGUCUUCUCCAAAAACCCGAAGCUAGAGCUGGCUUCGAAACGAUACCUCGCCUAUAACGUCAAGUUCUUGAGCAAGCUGAAGAAGUACUGGGGAAUGUUCCAUUUCGUCGCGGAAAACUUGAAGGAUCUGUAUCGCCAACACGCAGACGCCGCGCUACGUGGACCCGCCGCCGUCAACGGUCGACAACCAAGCAUCUUCCAGUAUGGAGAUUGGUUCGACCGGUACCCCCACGGCGUGUCCCGUACAGACUAUGAAGAUCCAGCCGCCGACGUCAAGAAGGAAGCCGGCACGGAUGCCGUUCUGGGCCAGAAGUCCGACCUACAAAGCGUGGAGGAAUUCUUCGCCAGCCUCUCGCCGGCCUCCAAGACGGCGGAACAGGCGAGGAAAGGCAACAAGAAAACGAAACAGGACAAGUCGAAGAGCGGUGGUGGUGCAGGAGCGGCGGCCGCCGCCGCCGCAUCAACAUCCCCCAACGCGCCAGCCACCUCUCAGCAACUCUCCUCGCCCCUGGACCAACACCAGCACAUGCACAUACCGCAGAACCUCGACUCCUCCUCCUCCUCCGCAUUCGACCCGUCCGCAGCCGCGUCCUUCAUCCAGGCAAACCCGCAGCAAGCAUACGACUUCCUCGGCGGCACCGGCGGCGGCCCGGACUUCUCCAGCCUCGCCCACCCCAUGUCGGCCCUCGACCGGCAAAUGGUCCUCCAGAGCUACGCCACCUUCAUGGACCGCAACGAGCCCUUCGCCCUCGACGUCAACGCCUUCAACGCCUCGCUCUCGCAACAACAACAACAACAUCAACAACAUCAACAUCAACAUCAACACCACCAACACCACCAACAACACCACCACCAUCAACAACACCACCCUGGCGGCGGCGCCACAGGAGGACCGGCCGACUUCUUCCCCGACCCCAGCGCCGCGUGGUUCAUGCCCUUCAACAUGGAUCCGCCCACGGCGCUGGGCGACGACUCGGGCAUGUUUGGCGGCCCGCAGGGUUACGGCUUCUCGUUUGAUGGGAGCGGCGCUGUCGGGGCGGCGGCGGCGGACUUCGGGUCGGCGGCGGCGGCCGGGAUGGAUGGUGGGUUGGGGCCGUUGAAUGGUGGUGGUGGUGAUGGUGGGGGGCAAGGAGGAUGA